GUGAAACAGAUAAUGACAGAUGGCUACCGCCGUCGCAAGUGAAGGGGACGGUGGCUAAAGAUUGAAUCUUAGUACACAAAACCCGUUCCUUUUCUCCCUCGUGGCAUUAAUUGUUGAUGAAUAUGAGAGCAGGGUUAAGCAGAGGACACUGUAAAUUAAAACGAAAUUCUAUUAGAUAGUUUUGGUUAUUGUUCCAUAGGAAACUGCAAAUAUGGCAUCAUCAGAAUCCAGUUCUCAAGAAGCGACUGUGGAAGAACUGAAAGAAGAAAUUGCUCGACUUAGCCGUGAACUGGAUCAGGCGAGUAGCGAGAACAUACAGUCGGCACAGUAUGGACUGGUCCUUUUGGAGGAAAAAAGUGCGCUUCAACAAAAGUGCGACGAACUUGAAACACUAUAUGAAAAUGCGAAACAUGAACUUGAAAUCACUCAAGAGGCACUUGCAAAAUUUCAAACAACUCAUAAAGUAACAACAAAAAGUGGCAUAGAGCAGGAAGAAUCACUUCUUUAUGAAUCAGCCGCCCGUGAAACGUCGCUAAAUUCUCAAAUACUGGAUCUGGAAAAUGAGACAAAGCAGCUCCGUCAAGAACUUGAGCGAGUCGUGAAUGAAAGAGACAGAAUAAUGCAGGAAAAUAGUAACCUGGAUAAAAAUAAAGAACUUGCAGACCUAGAAAGAAGGAAAUUGAGAGCUGAAGUGAGGGAGCUGAAGUCGCGGGAAACCAGUUUGCUGACAGAUUAUUCAGAACUCGAGGAGGAAAACAUUAGCUUGCAAAAGCAAGUUUCAAUGCUCAAAUCAUCACAGGUGGAAUUUGAAGGUGCCAAACAUGAACUCCGUAGACUGCAGGAAGACUUAGAAUUGCUUCACCAGCAAGUUGAUGAGUUAACAAAACUGAAAGAAAUUGCUGAGAAGCAAAUGGAAGAGGCUUUGCAGUCUCUACAGGCAGAACGUGAAGCGAAAUAUGCAUUGAAGAAGGAAUUGGACAAACACAUCAAUAAUGAAUCCAUGUAUAACCUGAGUAAUUUAGCAUUUAGCAUUAGAGGUAUUACCGAUGACCACACUGUUGGCAGUGAUGGGGAGGAUGAUCUUCCCGUACUGAGGCGCAUUGAGGCUGAUCUGAAGAGUGAUUCUGUUGCGGAUAUUAGUUCUCCUGAUGACAGACAAGUGGACCUCUUCAGUGAGAUUCAUCUCAAUGAACUCAAAAAGCUUGAGAAGCAACUGGAACAAGCAGAGACAGAGAAACAACAACUGACACAAAACCUAAAGGACUCACAAGCCCAUGUUGAGAAGAGAGAUGGAGAGCUCAAAGCCUUUGUAGCAAGACUUGUACAACUUGCAGCACAUGUGGAUUCAUUGCAGCAUCUAAGACAGAAGGCUGAAGAUCAAUUUGGCAUCAAUGUUCAGGAUUCAGCAAUUGACAAGUUGGUACUGAUUGUUAAUCAGUAUCAGCAGUGGUUUUUAUUAGCUUCCCAUGAAAUUGAACAGUUGCGCAGUGAUUUGCAAGAGCUGGAGAAGGGUCUAAAUUGCAGUGAUGCUACACUGCAACUUAGAACAGAAGUUACGAAUCUCAAAAAUAAGUUGUUAGAUGCUGAGCAGCGAACCCAGGAACUUCAGACUGAUGUACGGCUUCUUGGAGAGUUGGCAUCUGAAGCUGGUUCCUCAUUAGACUCAGCCCAGAAUGAUCUCCAAGCAGUAUCAGAUGAGCUUGCACAACUUUAUCAUCAUGUUUGCACUGUCAAUGGAGAGACACCAAGCAGAGUGUUGCUGGACCAUGAGAAGAAAGGGGGUGCUUCAGCCAGUGGGGUUACAAAUAGUGAAGGUGACGCAAGCAAAGAAGACUAUGCUAUGUCAAAGAUAGAGGUUCUGCGUAGCCGUUUGAAAACUGAUGUCCCUCUCAAAGACCUAGAGAGCUUAAAUGAAGCAACAGGAUUGGUAAAACAUAUUGCAACCAUUUCAGAUCAGAUUAAGCAUUUGCGUUCAGCAGUUGAAAAUACUAUAGAGCUUUCAAAAAUGAAAGGAAUGCAUGGAGGCCUUUCAGAAGCAUCAACAAAUGAUUCAAAGGAAGCUGAGCUUGCAGACCUUCAGGAGCAGGUUAUUAAACUGAAAUCUCUACUCUCAACAAAACGUGAGCAGAUAGCAACUCUGAGAAGUGUACUCAAAUCUAACAAGAACACUGCAGAAGUUGCUCUCACAAAUCUCAAGUCAAAAUAUGAAACAGAAAAGGCGAUUGUUAGUGAAACAAUGAUGAAGUUAAGGAAUGAACUGCGCUUACUGAAGGAAGAUGCAGCUACUUUCUCAAGUUUACGUGCAAUGUUUGCUGCUCGCUGCGAAGAGUAUGUAACCCAAGUGGAUGACUUACAUUCUCAGUUAGCGGCUGCAGAGGAAGAAAAGAAAACUCUAAAUCAGCUUUUACGGUUAGCUGUGCAGCAGAAACUUGCACUUACGCAACGCCUUGAGGAACUAGAGGUUGACCGUGAGAUGCGAAAUGCUCGAAGACACCUUCAUACACAUACAACUCCAGGCAUAGGUGGUGGGGGCCGAGGUGGCAGCAAACCUAGGUUUCCUCAGCCAGGGAGCAGAUCACACUCAAGUAGUGGUGGUCGAGACCAUUUCUAGCCCCGCCUCCGACAUGGCUUUGGCGGUCGUCUACGCCUUUUUACCUGUGUCCUUGCACUUGCUGGGAGCUCUUCCAUGUGGUGAACUCUACACACAUUUCAGUACAGAUUACAAACAUCGCUAUGGAUGUGGCUUUUACGUUGGCUGUGGCAGUGUCCUCAUAUUUCCUGUAUAGUGUGAACUAGGCAUGUCAUAUGCUAACAUUGCAGUUUUAGAGUGGUACGUGUUAUCAGCAAGAAUUCUUGUGGUACUAAAUAUUAGUUAGCUGAUAAGUAUUUAACAAUUGUUUUCGUAAUUAGUUGACAGCCAACAUGUACGCUUCUUACCAUCUUCUGAAUCCAGGCGUAAUGGUUUUCCAUUAUAAAUAGGAAGAAUUAAACUCAUCAGUGAAAUUUCUGUGUGGAGUACAACAUUUGAUGAGGCAUCAGUGCAAUCUAAUUUCAUGACCAUGAGUCUGCAAAACCUAGGUAGUUGGUGUAACUGACAUCAAGUUCAUAUUGAGAAUACCAAUUUGCGUUGAAUUACCCUGGGCAGUUUAAAAAUGCCCAUAUAUGCAAACCACCAUUGGAUGGAUAUUGCAGAUAUGAUUUUGGGUAGUACAUAGUUCAAAGAAACGUGACUAUAAGGAUUUUCCUCUUAAUUUCCUGUUUUUAUGGAUGAAGUUAUUUAUGUAUUUACUUGCUGGUUGUCUUAAUCAUGGCUUCCGCUAAGCAGCUCAACUUAUUGCACAAACCACUUUGACACCUAAUGUUUCCUUAAAGCAUAGUAUUGAACUGCAGCAACUUGAAGAUAAUGUAAUUUUAUAUGAGGGAAAUUCUUUCUAGCUGUUGCAGUGAAUCUUUACCUGUCUAUCUCAUAUCCCCCCUCCCCAAACCUGACUGCGGCACAUGUUCUAGUGGCUUUGCAUUUUGUCUGUUCAUCCAUUGUUUGAUUCAUCCAUAUUAUUUAUUUCUUUGAAAAUAUGUUAUGGACUCUCUUUUCAAUGGUGGUUUCUAAAACAUGCCAAAAUAAACGUACCCUUCCAUUCAAUUGCUGUAAAUAUUGAAGCUGUUGUAUACAUAAAUUUGUUGAUCAUGAAAUCCUUGUAUAGAAUCUGUUAGUGUAUUGUACAUGAGCAUUCCUUGUAAAUACUCAUACUGUGUGCUGUCUUACCUUUUUAUUUGUUUUAUUGUGUCAGUACUUGUGGUAACAAUGUAAAAUGUGCUAGUUCCCCAGAACCGUAAAAAUAGUAAGAUAUAUUGCAGAAUUUUUUUCUGCAUGUGCUAGAAAUGGAAGAACAUAGCAAAAUAGGGAAGAAUGUCUGAAUAGCUAAUAUAUCCUCUUUUUAAUUGUACAUUGCCUAUAAAGAAAACCCGUGGUUCAAAAAUGGAUUACUGUGUUCCUGUGACUAUUAUUUUUCAAUUUUUUUUUAUGUGUCUCAUUCAUUCCUUUCUUGGUGGUAGUAAUAUGAUGUUACUUACUGAUGACUAUAUUUUGUGCAGCCAUUAAUAACAUUCUUGUUGCUCUUUACACGGGAGAUAAUCAAUAACAGAUUAUUAUAAGACGUUGGAGUAUUUGUAUUACUUCAAUUAUAAACUAAAACAACGGGCCAACAUGGAUGACGUAUGGUUACUACAGUUAUGACUAAAUUUAUCAGUUUUGUUGUUCUUUUUCAAGACUUUUCAUUUAUCUUGUUAAAAACCAUUUUGUGAGUUUUAUCCAGUCAGCUAUCCUAAAACAAAUAGGAAUUUAAAAAGAUCGUGGAAGUGUAAUACCGUCUCUAAUGAUACCAAUAUCAAUGGCAUGUUAAAUUCUAGAACUAAUAGUGUUAGUAAGCCUCCAGAUUUUAUGCUGAUUUUGUUUGUUUCUAUGUCAUACAUUAAAUAUGCACAAGACCAAAUAAGAGGCUAUAAAUAACGACACAGUGCUGAUCCAUUUUUAACUGAUUUUUUUCAUUCAUCCAAAUAUUGCCUUUUUUGGGACUACUCAUUUGCAAGGUUCUGUCUGUUGCCAUAUUCCAUUUGUAUUUUAAAUUAUGGUGAAACUAUAGUGCCAGGGGCAAAUGCUUUGACUUUUUAGGGAUAUCAUUAACACCCUCACCCCUUCAGCCCUCCCUGUUCACAAUGGAUUUGUAAUGUAACCUUUAACUAUUUGUGGGGGACUGAAUGUAACAUGUUCUGUACAAGAAAUAAUAUUUGUUUCCGUAAUGACUGAUUAGUAUAGAAAUUCAGUAUCAGCUAUUUAAUAUAUAUGUAACAAGUGAAAUAAAUGGUUAAAAUUUGGAUGCCAUACAUAGGGGCAACAGAAAUAUGAUGCUGGUAUGAUCUAUAUUAAUAUUUUUUCCUGCAAAUUGAACAGAUUUUAAUAUGAUGCUUGUAUGUCUACUGUCUUAAUCCAGAUAAAAGUUUGUCACUACUUAGAAAGCAGUGCCAGAAUUAUAAAGAAAAGCUAUCAUAAAAAUGCUUUUUAAAACAAAAUAUACUUAGGCAGAAAAUGUUAAUUUGUUGCCGUGGAAAUAGUGCAGAUACUUAAUCGUACAAUAUAAAGUAUGAGAUGGCUAAUGCAGUCAUUGCUAUCUAAUGCCAUUAAAAGAAGGGGGUGGGGGCAAAAUAUUGGUCAGUGAAACUGACUGCUUUUACUUACUUUGUUGCAGUAUUUUUUGUCAAAUUAUACUUUAGAAAAUGUAACAAUGUCCAAUGUUUACUGUAAGAUGAGCAGAUAUGUUGGAGCAUUUUAAUGUAGUUUCAUUGUAGUGGGAUGUGGUAGAGUGUUUCUGUAUACUUCUCACUUGCAUAAUAGUUUAGCAAAACUUGGUUCGUUGGAACCUUGAGGGUGUAUUUUUGUCGUUUUUAUUAUCAUUAUUAGACAUUAUGUGGUUAAUUUGUAAGUUUUAUCAUAACAUUUGUGAUUAAAUUAAUGAAUUGACUUAAAGCUGAUUAAAAACUAGUCCUGAAUCGUACUUGAAGCAGCUGUUUUGCUCGGAUAUUGUAUAGUGUUUAUCAUGAAAUUUGUACCAAUUACUGUUGUGAAGAAAUUGUAUUUUAUGAUGUCAGUUAUUUUGACUCUGGGGCUCCCAUUUUAAUAUACUUGAAUGGUUGUGUUUUAUGUAUUUUAUGCAUAUGGUGCACAUAUGUGUAUCCAAUUGCUGUUGUACAAUGAUAAAAGGACAAGGAUAGUACAGAGGCAGCCAAAUUUGACAAUUGUUGUGAGGGUCUUUGGAGUUUUGACCUUUAUCUACCCAUCUGUUCUGUUCCGAUAGUCCAUCUUUCAAAGAGCCAGUCAAUAUGUGCUGUAUAUGUCCGAGCCAUGCGGAACAGUACAGUCCGUCCCCUUAUAGGAUAGACACUCUACAAAAAAUUGUCCAUAUCUCUCUCUCUCUCUCUCUCUCUCUCUCUCUCUCUCUCUCUCUCUCUCUCUCUCUCUCUCUCUGUGUGUGUGUGUGUGUGUGUGUGUGUGUGUGUGUGUGUGUGUGUGUGUGUGUGCGCGCGCGUGCGCACACACAUACAUUUCCACAUAUGUAUGUGUGAACCUGUUAGUUCAGUGUGCACAUACGGAAGGGUGUUGGUGCAUGUGGGGCUAUGAGAGACAAAGUUAGUACUUUCGGUGCAGCAUUUAGUUGCAGAACGUUUCUGUAAUCAUUUUGAUGACUUGGUAGCUAUUGAAUAAUGAUUAAUUAUUUUAAAGAUUCUGAUGUUUGUAUUUGUCUUUUGUAUUAUAAUUUUCUGUGUAAAUUAUCCAUAUCGUACACUUUGUUAUUAAUUUAUAAACAACUUAAAAUUUUCUGCUGUACUCUGAGGCGAAAAGCUAAUGUAUACAAGAAGAGAUGGUAUUGGUUAUUGUGUAGUUUCCCAUAUUACAAACCCGUACGUGAUUUGAUUCAGUCAAUGUACCUUAGAAUCUAAUAAUUGUAACUUAAAUCGAAUUUUUACUGUUUAAGUGCAGGAUUUAAAGAGCAUUUCGUAUCUUGCUAAGUGCAGUGCUUAAAGACUGAUUCAUAGUUGUGUGCAGUAACCCUGUAUUAAUUACUACACAGUUUUUAACUGAUUUUGGAAAUGAUUCUUCAGUGUUACAGGAAUUGUUAAACCAUUCCAAAAAUGUUGUUUUCUUUGGAGUUUAUUUAACAGAUAGCUUACACAAAAUUAAUGGUGGCAGCAAAUUGUAUCUUAUUAUUUAUUGUUAUUAAUUGACUGUGGUAUGAGUGCAUAUUAUUUGUAAUGUUUUUAAUACUGUGUACUUGGUACAAAAGAAAUGUUUUGUUAUUUUAUUGUUGAUGUUUUAACCAUAAAUAUAUAUAUAUUAAUAAUCAUUUUCUUCUUUUUGGAAGCAAAUUUCUCAAAAAUGUGAGUAUAUGCAUAUAUAGUAUACGUGUAGCUCAGAGGGAGAAUGUAUAUGGUAUUUUUCUUCUGAAAGCCAACCGAAAGAUAAAAGAAUUGUUCAAACUCAGUGAAAAACUUCCAUUAUAUUUUCUUGUUGGGAGGAGGUGGACAUGGGCAUUGGACUUGUAUUUUUCUCUACACACCAAUUGGUUAUCUCAUUUUUGUGACAUGCAGUGUAAGAAAGAUGCCCAAUAGAAGAUCUACAGAAUUCAUUAGACUUUUGACAGUUCUGAUGUCUUCUCUUUUUGUUAAACUGCUGUGCAGUUUAUUAAUUUUUAUAUAAUGUCUCUAGAGCAGAUCACACAGUCCAUUGAUCUGUUGUAAAAAAUGACCAAUAUCAGGUUAAACCUGCCAGUUUAUUGAAAUUGUAUUAUGAAAUCAAAAAU